UGGGCAAAUGGCUUAAGGGGCUAUUCGUACCCGCUGAUCUUUGCGAGCAUCUACAAAGCUUUACAGCUGCUGGCUAAGGAUGAUGUUCGGCUGCUGAUAUGGGUCCCUAGACUUGCACAGGCAGUGCUGGCAGCUUUUGCUGAUGUGAAGCUUUACUCAUUAGUGCAACACCUUGAAAAUGCAGAAACAGCAAAGUGUGUGUACUUCUGCCAGCUGUGUUCCUGGUUUACAUGGUAUUCCUGUACCAGAACUCUAACAAACACCAUGGAAACUCUUCUUACCAUCUUUGCUCUUUCCUACUAUCCGAUAAAAGGUUCCAGGAUGGGGAGCAGUUGCAAAUAUUUAGCUUUGAUAGCACUUGCAAUUGUUAUUCGUCCCACUGCUGUCAUCCUGUGGAUACCUUUGGUCUUCAGUCAUUUUUUGCAAGAACAGAAGAAAGCAGACCUUAUCCUACAUAACUGCAUUCCUGUUGGAUUGAUCACAGUAGGAACCUCUUUAAUAAUUGACCGUGUGUUUUUUGGUGAGUGGGUACUGGUUCAGCUGAACUUCUUGAAAUUCAACGUACUGCAGAAUUUGGGAACAUUUUAUGGAUCUCAUCCUUGGCAUUGGUACUUCACUCAGGGACUACCAGUCAUCUUGGGUACCCAUCUGCCUUUCUUUAUUCAUGGCUGUGUGCUGGCACCGAAGAGGUAUCGCAUCUUUCUAAUGGCAGUGAUUUGGACAGUGUUGGUAUACAGCACACUGAGCCAUAAAGAAUUCAGGUUCAUCUAUCCAGUACUGCCAUUUUGCAUGUUUUUUUGUGGAUAUUCUUUGAAACACCUGAAAGCAUGGAAGAAAUCUGCAGCAAGUUUCCUGCUUUUAUCAAACUUAGUCCCAGCCCUGUAUACAGGCUUGAUUCACCAGCGAGGCUCUCUGGAUGUUAUGAGUCACAUACAGCAACUCUGUAAUAACUCUUACCAAUCACAAGCUUUUGUCUUCAUCAUGAUGCCAUGCCACUCUACUCCAUUUUACAGUCAUGUUCACUGUCCUCUAAAAAUGAGAUUCCUUCAGUGUCCCCCAGACCUAACCGGAAAUGAGAGCUAUAUUGAUGAAGCAGAUUUAUUUUACUCUAAUCCACUCGGCUGGCUCAAUAAGGAGUUUUACAAUGAUACAUUACUACCCAGUCACUUGAUCUUCUUCAGUGUGCUAGAACAGGAAAUAUCAUCAUUUCUAGCUUUAAGGGACUAUGAGAAAACAGCCACUGUCUUUCACACACAUGUACCUCAAGGACGAGUUGGAAGCCACAUUUAUGUCUACAGGAGAAAAACCUGAAAUUAAUCAUACCUGAAGAUCAGUUUCUAGACUGAAAGGUACCUAAUGAAAUCAGUUUUGCAUAGCAGUAAUAUGCUUAGAAGAUCUUGUACUGCAGAAAGGAGAGAGUAGCGAGUCUGAAACCGGGUAAGUCAAGUGGGG